AUGCAAUCGUUACUUUUAGAUCGGCUUACUCGAAAGAUCACUCCCUUGGAGUUCUGUACUACUAUCUCAGAAUCAUUCUACACCAACUUCCAGCAAACCGUGGGGAACGAUGUAUUCCCACCGAACUGCCAUCAUAAUGCUGCAGUGAAUUCGUUAUCAGUGGAGAGUGAGAAUAGAUACGUACUCAGUGGCUGCGCAGAUUCGUCAAUAAAAUUAUGGGACACUUACCAAAGUGAGUCUACAUCCACAGUAGACGGUCCGGACUUGUAUGACGACGAAAACGCAGAUGAUAUGGCAGAUUACGAUAACCCUAAAUCAGUGAUUAGUAACAUUGCAACAAUUCCUAGAAAAUCUGCUCACGAGUUUGGAGUAUCCUGCAUCCAGUGGUGGCCCUAUGACUCUGGCAUGUUUGUAUCUUCCUCCUUUGACCACACUGUUAAGGUCUGGGCUACCGAAGAGUUGGAGAUAGUUCACUCGUUCGAUAUGGAGAACCGGGUGUACUCGAUAGAUAUUUGUGGAAGUAAGGUUAACACCCACACUUCUAAUGCUUUGGUGGCAGUAGCUAGUGACCAACCAUUUAUACGGCUCCUAGACUUGCGAACUUCCUCUUCCGCCCAUUCGCUCUCUGGUCAUAAGGGAAAAACUUUGGUAGUCAAGUGGCACAGUCAGAAUCCAAAUUUAUUGGCUUCAGGGGGAUUUGACGGAGAAGUAAAAAUUUGGGACAUACGACGUAGUCAGAGCUGCUUAUGUAGAUUAGAUAUGUUGAAGACCAAUAUAGCCGGUGAAUCUAACAAAGGAAGCUCUCAGCUGUUUGAUGAUAACCUCAAGAAAGCUUCCGUCAAGGCACACCUGGGGCCGGUGAAUGGGUUGGUUUGGGAUCCGCAAGGACAUACUUUGUACUCUACCGGCAAUGACGAUAAGAUUCGGGUUUGGGACUUCAUCUCCUCUUCAGCUCCUCCUAUCAACAAAUUAGUGAACUUUGGGCCACUAACUAGAAACAAGUACCCGCAGACUAUCCCCAUAUUGCUUUCUCCACCAAAGGAAACUGAACUACAGUAUUUAAUCUUCCCGUCUGAUAAUGAUGACAUUUUCAUUUUCAGAACAAUCGAUGGCAAAUUGGUGUCUAGGCUAAUUCGUAGGGGUGAUAAGAGAAACGGUAGAACUUCAGCAAUGGCAUACAUGAGUAGCGAAAUGGGCACAUAUCUUUGCGGAACAAUGGACGGCGAAAUCAUAAAGUGGUCUCCCAAAUUAGAAGUUUAA